AGAUAUAUCAAAAGUUCUUAGACCAUCUUUAACGCGGAGGAUUUGUGGUCCUUAACGAGAUCCUUAAGCAUUAAUGUUGAUUUAAUUAAAUGGAAAACAAAUAAAUGCUAGAUAAUCGAUCCUUAGUGGGUUGAUUUGGUGACCGAAAAUAUCAAGGGUUAUUAAAACACGUGUCAGCUGCUCAUUUAUUUGUAUUUUUUUUCUUUUUCUUUCCUUUCUUUCUUCUAAUUUAUUUUGUAACCGUUUUGUUCUUGUUUUCUCCGCGAAAAGAAAAUGAUCAAAACCGACGACGGAAACGACGAUUCUGUCGGUCCACUCGACGUCUCCUCCGUCUUCGCCGUGAUUAGAAGGAUCGAAACCCACCACGGACGACGACUCUCUCGGUCCUCAACGCGGCUCCUCCGUCUUGUCUUGUUUUCUCCGUCGGAAGAAGGGUCUAAAAUCCAUCACAAUCGACGCCUCUCUCGUUCCUCACCGCGACUCCUCCGUCUUGUCUCCUCACCGCGACUCCUUUGACUCGUCCGUCUUGUCUCCUCACGAAGACUCCUCACCGUGACUCCUCUGACUCCUCCGUCUUGUCUCCUCACCGCGACUCCUCUUACUCCUCCGUCUUGUCUCCUAAGCGCGACUCCUCUGACUUGUCUCCGUUAGAAGAUGGAUCGAAACCCACCACAAUCGACUACUCUCUCGGAGCCCACCGCAUCUGCUCUGUCGGUUCUCAUCUUCUCCGAGUGAAGAAUGGUUCAAACCCAUGACUUCCCGUGGAGUUUGAGCUCUGGACAUGAGGUCCUCCGACUGAAGUCACAACCAGAAGGAGUUCUUUUUUGAAGUUCAGUGCAAACUGUGGGUGAGAGAGUCAAGAGAAGUCACAAGAUUGCAGAGAGAAGUCACAAGAUGAAUGCGAGUAGUCACAAUGCCACAAGAGAAGUCACGAGAUGUUUGGUUAAACAUGUCACGGGAAGAGGUCAGAGACACAAUGCCACUAGAGAAGUCACGAGAUUACAGUUGUGAUAUGUCUGUUUGUGGACUUUAUGUUUGUCUGUAUGUAACUUUAAGUCACGAGAUUUUUAUGUUGCUUAUGCAGAUUUAUAUAUAUAAUUUAUAUGUCACGAAACUUUAUGCUUCUCUCCUUCUCUAUAUAAAGUAUUGAGACAUGAAGUAUUUUUUUACAAAGUGAUCGAACACACUCCCUUUCUCUUCACCAACACACUCUCCUUUUUUUCACCAACAAGUUUCAUCUGAUCACCGAGUCUUCUCUUUACCAUCACACUUUCAUCUGAUCACCGACUCUUCAUCCCAUAAUACGUUUGAUGUACAAGAUGGUGAAAGUUUUGAUCAAUAUUUUGAUCGGUAUGUUGAUCAAUAUUUUGAUCAAACUUUCGAGAGUUUAGCCAUUAAUCAUGGUGAUCAAGAAGUCCAAAAAAAAAGAGGAAAAAACGAGUUCACAUCGAAAGGAACCGUGAAGAAGGCAAUGUACGUUUAUGGGAAGAUUAUUUCAGUGAAACCCCAACUUAUCCUUCUAAUCUAUUCCGACGGCGAUUCAGAAUGAACAAACCAUUGUUCAUGCGUGUUGUUGAUCGACUCUCCAAUGAAGUUGAAUUCUUUCGACAAAAGGAAGAUGCUCUCGGCCGGCUUAGUCUCUCUCCACUUCAAAAGUGUACAGCAGCCAUUCGUGUCUUGGCAUACGGUAACGCCGCUGAUGCUGUUGACGAAUACCUCCGACUCGGUGAAACAACUACUCGUUCAUGUGUAGAACAUUUUGUCGAAGAAAUAAUAAAUUUAUUCGGUGAAGAGUACCUAAGAAGACCAACACCGGCUGAUCUUCAACGUCUACUUGAAGUUGGUGAGUUCCGUGGAUUUCCCGGUAUGAUAGGAAGCAUCGAUUGUAUGCAUUGGGAGUGGAAGAAUUGUCCCACCGCUUGGAAAGGGCAAUAUUCACGUGGUUCCGGAAAACCCACAAUUGUUUUAGAAGCGGUUGCUUCUUUUGAUCUCUGGAUAUGGCAUGCGUUUUUUGGACCGCCAGGUACUUUAAAUGAUAUCAAUGUUCUUGACCGCUCACCUGUUUUUGAUGAUAUAAUACAAGGUCACGCUCCGGCAGUCACUUACUAUGUCAAUGGAAGGGAGUAUCAUUUGGCUUACUAUCUCACCGACGGUAUUUAUCCGAAAUGGGCUACUUUUAUCCAAUCAAUUCGGGAGCCACAAGGGCCGAAAGCGGUUUUAUUUGCUAAACACCAAGAAGCUAUCCGAAAAGAUGUCGAGCGUGCUUUUGGAGUCUUGCAAGCUCGCUUUGCAAUUGUUAAAAACCCGGCACUUUUUUGGGACAAAGGCAAAAUUGGGAAUAUUAUGAGAGCAUGUAUCAUACUCCAUAAUAUGAUAGUGGAAGAUGAACGAGAUGGAUAUACUCUGUCUAAUCUUUCCGAGUUCCAACACGGAGACGACCCCGGAAGUUCACAUGUCGAUCUCGAUUUUCAAACGGAUAUCCCUUCAAAUAUCACCAAUAUGAUGGGUGCUCGAAGUAGAAUUCGUGAUCAACAUAAGCAUCAACAACUGAAAGCGGAUUUGGUUGAACAUAUAUGGCAUAAAUUUGGACAUAAUGAAGACAUCAACUGAGUUCGGAAGUUUGUUUUCGAAUUAUUCUCGAUUAUUGUACUAAUCUAUAUUUUCAUGUUUUUUUUUAAAUUUAUGUUUUAAAUGUUAUCUUUUAAUAUAUUUUAUUUAAUAAAUAAAUUUUAUUAAAAAAAA